AACUAACAUGAUUAACAGUGAUGGUCUAUGAUGGGUCGAGGGAGGCGUCUGGCCCUUGGCAUCUUUGUCCUGCUGGUGGUCGACGUCAUUUGGGUGGCUUCAUCAGAAUUGUCGGAGUAUAUCUUCAAUGAUACCGGCUUCAAUAAACCUUUUUUCAGUACAUACUUAAAGACCAGUAUGUUUUCACUAUAUUUGCUGGGAUUUAUAUUUUGGAGCCCCUGGAGACACCAAUGUGCCCAAAGAAACCACGAUGAGAGUAUUUACCAGGAAGUGGAUUCAAUGGAGGAUGAAGAUUUACCGCUGUCAGAUGUUUGGUAUGUUGAAUUGUACUUGCCAUUUGUAGUUGUGAUGUAAUAAAGUAUUAUGUUGAUGGAAUUGUGAAUGGGUGCUUGUAGUACUUAAUUGUAUUAUUAACUCCUUCACUUCAGUGUUCAAAUUAUGCAAAGUAUAAAUAGAUUUUGCGCCUUAAUCCUUACAAUAAUUUUGUGUCAUUUAUAUUAAGGUGAUACAGCAAUUAUUAAAGCAUAAUAUUUCAUAGCUAAAUAGAGUAAUUUCUUAUUGCUGGCUUUGUUCCAACAAUUUCAGAAAGAGACUCAAUUAUAGCCUCAAAUCUGGUGUAAAAGCAUGUUGUUGAUAAGCCUCCAAACUCCUCAUUGCUCAUGUCCCUCAUUGUUAUCUCUACCAUUAGCAUUGGGGAGUUCUGAUGGUCAGUCGUCAUUGUUAUUGUCACUGCUGUCGAUACCUUUCUUUUCUAUAUCUCUAAAUUAGGUGUAAAUUAAUGUAAAAAUAACAGUAAAUUUAUUGUGUGGCAGUUGUGGUAAGACUGGUGGAGGAGUGUGGUGUUUUUUUAUGAGGGAAAGACAAUUGUUUGAAGACCGGGUUGGGCAAAGUGUUUUAUAACCAUUUUCCACGCUUGUGUGGAUUAGCCGUGAUUAUCUGAUGGCAACUUUCCAUUCUACAGUCUUUUGCAUUCCCUCUUGUCAGGUUCUUAACUCUUAAUGUCAUUUCUUACAACCUCUCCCCAUGUCAUUCUUGGCUCUUCUCCCCCCACAUUUAGACUCAUACACCUCUUGACCUAAUUAGUGUGAUUCAUUCUCCAAAAUUCCAAACCAUCUCAGCAUACUGCUACACAGAAUUUUGCCAAUAGAACUCAAUACCAGCCACCCUCUUACCUCUGAAAAGGAUUUUUUGUCUUUCAGUGCCACAUUGCAUAUCCACCUCACUAGUCUCAUUUAACUUGAUGGAUAAAUGUAUUGCAACUGCAUAGGUUGUAGUAGAGUGGUGUGGUCCAAAAUUGUUUGGGUACACCUGUUUAAAAUUUGCAUGACAGGAGAAAUUAUGUAUUAAUGAAUAUAUGUAGCACAUAGUGAAAAGUGUUCACUUACUUAAAAAUUUCUUCUAUACAAAAGUCUAUUCAGUAUACAGACUGCAUAUAGUGAGGAAUAUCUAUACUUAAACACUUGUCAAAAGGUUACUUUUAACAAGUUUUAUGAACAAUCUGAAACCCAGAGAAUACAUUAAUUCUUUAGAAGUUGCUAUUUUGCAUGACCUGGCAUUUUCUGAGAACGCAGCUACUGCACUGUGUGGAGUUUUACUGUGCUCAGAAACCUUCACCUAUGUCAUUGAUGAGGACCUCAGAUGACUACGUACCUGAGGCUGAUUACCCCCAUUUUGUUAUUUAUUUUUUUCCCAAGUUUUUAUCCAUUUUAUUAUUAUUAUUUUUUACAGGGAUUAGCCCACCCGGGCACAGGUCACUGACCCACAUCGGGGCCUGGGGGCGAAAAUGUCAGGAAAUCUUAAUCAAAUUUAUGGAAAAUAUUUUUUAAUGUUUUACCAAUACCGGUAAUUAUCAGGGUUUAUACUGAUUAUUGUAAUGUAUAUUAUAGAAGUAUUUAUUUUUAUUACUCUUCUUAUUAAUAUGAAGCUCUUGCAGACGAGAGACAGGCGCACCCCUCCACCUGUGCCCAUCUUCACUUUGGACCAGCUGGCAUCUAGUGUUGCGAGAGACAGUGAUGCGAAUGCUCAACUGACACAUUUGGUCCUGUGGCACUAUUUACCCAUUCAACAAGCUAGAACGAUUUAUAACAACAAUGAUGAAAAGAGUGAACCAAAGUAUGUUCCUCUGAAACUACAAGAAUUGCAAGAAAAAAGUUCUGAUGGAGAAUCUGAUGACUCUUCAGUAAAGUCCGUCCGCUUCAGCAAAUUGACAGAGGUUCGGCAAAUGUCAGAAAACGAGGCAGUUGAUGCCAUGAUGUCUCGCCUGUCUUUUUCUGCCUCUGUCCGUGCUGAACAACUGGCUAUGCAGGCAGCAAAUAAAUUAUCUGUUAAGGAAGUUAUGAAAAUAUCUAGUAUAUUUUGUUUAUUGUGGUUUGCAGGCAAUUACAGCUACCAAAUAGCACUUAGCAACACAGAAGCUGGUGUUGUCAAUAUUAUUUCAUCAACAUCUGGAUUGUUUACCUGUGAUUCUUGCUGCCAUAUUUCCAUCAUCCUUAACAGACAAGUUUACUCUCUCCAAAUUGGCCUCAGUUCUUCUUAUGGUUGCAGGUGUGGUUUUAGUUAGUUUGGAAGACCUCAACCUUGAAAGUUCAGUUGUGCCUGUUGGUGUGGUAUGGUCAAUAGCUGGAGCUAUUCUUUAUGCCUGUUACAUGGUCUUCCUGAAGCACAAGGUUCCAACUGAAGAUCGUAUGGAUUUUACUAUGUUCUUUGGUAAGUGAAUUAAUUUCCUCUCCUUUCCCUUCUAUCAUCUCUCUCUCCUCUUCUUUGCACUCUUCCCUCCCCUCCCCCCAUUCCAUGCCCUUAGUACCCAGUUAGCUCUGGGAGAUUUAUUGAUCAAUCAGAUAUUGUUUUAAUAAUAAUAAAAGCUGGCACUUUUGAGAAACAAAAGCUCCAAUUCUUCCAAGUAAUUCACUAGCGCUCAAAAUUUCACAAGUCAAAGUUCUGAGAAUAAAAAAAUAAAAAUAAAAAUAUAACAAAAAUCA